GGGAAGUAGCUUUGACUCAAACGAAAAUGCUUUUGAUGACAUGAAACAACUGAUAAAUGACGAAGAAAAUGAUAAGACAAACACAUUACCUUGGGCAAGCUUCAACUUUAUCAACUCUAUCCUAGGAAGUGGCGUCAUUGGUAUUCCUUAUGCUCUCCAUGAAGCCGGCUGUGGAUUUGGACUCUUCCUACUCCUUUUUGUUGCUUACGUUACGGAUUAUUCUCUCAUUCUUAUGGUUAGAAACGGACACAUCAGUGGAAAAUUCUCUUACCAAGGUAUCAUGGAAGCCGCAUUUGGUAAACCAGGGUACAUCCUUUUGGGCAUACUCCAGUUUGUAUAUCCCUUCAUUGCUAUGGUAUCCUACAACAUUGUCGUAGGAGACACCGUGACAAAAGUUAUCAUCAGACUCUUCGGAAUCAGCCCGGAAUCGGCAUUAGCCCAAAGGGACGUUGUUGUUCUGAUUGCAACCCUUUUCAUUUCGAUUCCUCUAUGCCUGUACAGAGACGUCGCCAAGCUUGCCAAGAUCUCCUUCAUUAGUCUCGUGUGCAUCGCCUUUAUACUUUUCUCCAUCCUAUUGAAGACUGGAUCUAUGGCUGAUAUUGUGUAA